AAGUUAACUCGUAUGGGUAUGAAGGGGCGAAGACGUUCAGCCUUACAUGCGUGAGGCCUACCGCUUACCCCGGAUUUUGGGUGUAUAUGCAGCUGAAUAAAUACGACAAGCCGCCUUAUGAUAGUCACCGAGUUUUAUUAUUCUCUUCUACCUAUCUUUAUCCCGACCUAGUCCCGCCUCCGAGGCUAUCCCGAACACGAAUGUCCUUCCGCUCGUUUUUAGUUUCUUAAUCGGCCGGCCUGUAUUGGAGAAUGUUAGGUACACGGCUAAUAAAGGGCGCUUCGCUAUUCCUCUUAGGAAGCUGUAUGAUAUUACAGAUACAGGCCGCGGCAAAAUGUUAUCUUUUAGACGGCACGGAAGCAAGUUCGGAAAACACGUUAUGCAAUCCUAACGCCACUGGUGAGGCAGGGUCCCAUAGUGCUUGCUGCAAUGAAAAAAAUGGAGAUGCUUGCCUAUCGACGGGACUAUGUCUGAACACCGUCUCAGUGCAACAAAGCCAUCUGCUAUGGGCGACAGCAUGUACAGACCCUACAUUCAAAGAUCCUAGUUGCCCUCAAUACUGCCAAGGAACCAAGCUUGACAAUUCGUAUUUGAGAACCUGCAAUGAUACUUACUUCUGCUGCGAGACUCUCGGGAACACCUUGACUACGGAACAAUGCUGCAACCAAUCAUUCAAAUUAGCCAAGACGAAUGGUAUCGGUACCAUUGUCGCACAACUCAAGUCCGGGGUAGGAGCGAUACCACUGGCCACAGGUUCUCCCCUAGGCACGGCUUCUCCUACCAUCUCGGCAUCACCAGAAACCAACUCUACCACAGCAACGCCGGGACCUAUACCCUCUGGUGCUGUGGCAGGAUUAGCCGUCGAGGCUGUCAUUCUUGCUUUAUCCCUUGCAGGGUUGGGAUUCAUGCUCUGGCGAAACAGGUUGUUAGAUAAGAAGUUGAAGGAAGCGGAAGCUGCAGCGAUAGCAGCCAGGAGCAUACAGCAACAACAGCAGCAACAAUUACAGCAGCAACAAUACCAUUGGCAACCUCCGCCCUCAUCACAUGCGUAUAGCUAUGCUAGUCCGACCGAGACGGAAACACCGAAAUUAAGUGAGCUGCAUGCGAUGCGCGUUUACCCCGAGCUCGCCGGGACAGAGAUCGGCACUGAACUCCCCUCCGAGGCGAGAUCUCCGCGUACCCCCCAUCCUGAAUAAUAAACUGGUGGUGGAUAUAGUUGGAAUUCUUUUCGUUCACGACUCGCCAAGGGAUAGAGAUAGCCCGAUCAAGUCUUGCUUGGCUACUAUCUAGUUCCUAGGGUGGACUCGGGACUAUUACUCAUCAAUAUAUAAUUUUAAUGCGCCUCGAAUACGCAGUUGCUGGA